GCUCCACCUCCCCUUCUCUGCAAUACAUCCCCACUGGAGGAAGCCAUGUGAUGCAGUGACGUCAUCACUCGGCGACUCGUAGAGCAAUAGCAUGGCUUCCUCCGGUCCAGGGGGCGCACAGCAAAGAAGGAGAGCCGGGCCCGCUUGGGGGAAAGGAAGGGGGACGUUUAUUAAGGGCACCGGGGAUGGAGGGGCCGCUCAGAAGAAAGCGGAGCCCGGUGGGGUGCACGUGCAGAGAAAGAGUGGGGAGAAAGACAAGAAGAGGUGGAAGAGCGCCCAGCAGAUUAAUGCGGGGAGUGCCAAGGAGGGCCAAGGCUUUGCUUUAUGGAGAAAACAAAAAGUUCAGUUAGAAUAUAAAAAGCUGCAAAGAAAGCAAAAGAAGACCACAACUCCGAAAGAUUUGUAUGCGGACAAUUACCCAGAACAUUUAAAGCAUCUCUACUUGGCUGAAGAAGAAAAACUGAAAAAUGUAGAAAGAAAGAGGAAGCCUGAGGAGGACAUCACACAGACAACAGAGGAACGGGUAGAAGAAGUGCCAAAAAAGAAAUUCAAGAAUAAAACAUCGAUACAGAAAGCAAAAGAAGAAUAUAAACGAGUUCAGAAUGAACGAGCAAACAAAAGAAAAGAAGCAGAGGAAAACAGAAGACAACGAGAAGAAGCGAAGGAACUGUACAAGAAAAAGAAGAUGGAAGCUUUUAAAGUUUUAAGCACUAAAACAAAGAAAGGACAGCCCAACUUUAAUGUACAAAUGGAGUAUCUGCUUAAAAAGAUACAAAGUAAAACCUAGUUUGUUAAUGUGUAUUUUAUACUAGUGCAUCAUCAAAGGUGCGUUUAAUGAAAUGCAUCCUUUCUUUGGAGAGGUUUUUUUUACAAAAAAUAAGUAUUUUAAUGACUUUUAUAAAUCCCUAAGUUAAAAACUACUGAUAUCUUAUUAACAAGGUUUGUUGUUUCAGCAAUUAAAAACAAUUGUGUGUACCAAA